ACAGUACUCUCAUCCCUCUCCCCCGUCCCUGUCUCCCUCGAUCCCUCCCCCUCUUCUUGGCUUGUCCGUUUGACCCUCGGAAUAUCCACGUCUUUGGAAGCCGUGUUCACGCAUUACUCGUCUGUUUGUCUCGAUUUCUUCUCGAACCACCCCACCUAUUUCUUCUCCCUCACCACCCCCCCUUUUUUCCCCUUUUUUCAGAUAAGAAGAGUAAACUUGACCAAAACAUAAUCUCAAACCUUCAAAAUGAAACUCAUCGACCCUGCGUCCCUCGGGUUUUUACUAUUACCAUUCACUCAAGCCCUUCAACUCCCUUUUGGAAUCCCCACUGCAGUCCAGGGGAUACGCUCGACCCUGGGAGCUUCCUUCAAGGUCCCCGAAUUUAUCAAGAAAUUCGCCGACCCAAUAAGCACUUCACCACUCUACUCCCUGCAUCGCUCGCUCAUAGAAAUCCCCUCCAUCACGGGAAACGAGAGGGGUGUCGGGGAAUGGCUUGCGGGGUAUCUCAUGGGCAAGAACUUCACCGUGGAGACUCAAACAGUGAGUGGGGACAGGAUUAACAUAUUUGCGUACCUGGGCAAAAACAGGACAACCUACACACUCGUCACUUCCCACAUUGACACUGUCCCGCCAUUUAUCCCGCACAAGGCUACUUCCAACACAAUUUAUGGUCGUGGCUCGAACGACGCGAAGGGGUCUGUUGCUUCGCAGAUAAUCGCGGUGGAGGAGCUGGUCGCUGAGGAGGUGAUUACCGAAGGGGACGUUUCACUGUUGUUUGUUGUCGGUGAGGAGACACUGGGGGAUGGAAUGAAAACUGCAAACUCGUUGGGGCCCAAGUGGAAGACUGUCAUUUUCGGGGAGCCCACGGAGAAUAAACUCGCUGUGGGGCACAAGGGGAUUGUCAUGUUCGACAUCGUUGCCAGGGGCAAAGCCUCGCACUCGGGUUACCCGCAACUGGGUGUUAAUGCUAAUAGUCAUCUUGUCGAGGCGUUGUACAAGAUUGAGCACAUGAUUUUACCGAAGAGUGAUCUUCUGGGCGAGUCCACUAUCAACAUCGGGCUGAUCCAGGGUGGUGUUGCUACAAACAUUAUCUCUCCCUACGCUAGUGCUUCCGUACUCAUCCGUCUUGCCGGGGACCUGGACGAGACGUUGGAAGUCAUCAAGAAGACCGUUCACAGCCUCCCUGUCGAGUUGAGAUUUGUUGGCGUUACUUAUGGACCGCAGGAAACCGAUCAUGACGUUGAGAGUUAGUACCUUAACCCCACUGGCUAUUAGUCGGCAGAACUAAUACCUCUAACAGACUUUGAAACGAUUAUCUGUUCCUACGGCACUGAUAUCCCAAACCUUCAUGGUGACCACAAACGCUACUUAUACGGUCCUGGCUCGUACGCUCCUCCUCCGACCCUAAUGCCUACUGAUAGCUAACAUUCUGUCAGGAUCUUCACUGCGCACAGUGACAACGAAUACGUCCUAAAGUCUGAUCUGACUGAAGCCGUCGCUGGCUACAAGAGACUAAUCAGAGAAUCGCUCUGGCCGACAAAGCGUGUGCCAGCAAUCAUCGAGAAGGUGAUCAAGGAGGAUAUAAUUGCACCGGUUAGUCGGAGUGCUACGGUUGGCGAUAAGUCUUCAUAGACCGUUGGGUUGAAUGAGGGUUGUUUAUUUCCAAUUGAGGAUUGGUGUAAAAGCAUGGCUCUUCUUUUCUCUCUCCCUCCUCUUUUCCCUCCUCCUCCCGCUCUCCUUCAUUCCCCCGGGCAUUUCCAUCUUGCCCGGACCCUUCCUAGAGAUGGUCGUGUCACCGGGGUAUCACUGACGCAUCGCCUUUUUUCAUGUUCUUUAUGUGGAGUUUCUGCACUUUCUGUGGGCGCAUGUUUGGCUUGGCUUCCUUUCUUUUUCCCCUUUAGUUUUUUCAGUCUUGCUGUCGCUUGGCGGGGUAUAUAGUAUUAAUAUGCACGGGUCUACUACUGGUCGUUUAACUAUUCUCAUCACCGUUCACGUGUUAUCACUCGAACGUACAGUAUUAUGUACAAGUACUUCUACGUGUGCUGGAGUACAAUAGUGGCCUAGGUACCGGUAGCCUUUUUUCUUCUUUCCUUUCUUGCUGAAAUACCUUACUGCCCGAUCAUACAGCGGGUGGGAAAAAGUCUUGGUAAUUGGGCCGUUUCACACAAAAUGGGCAAACACCCCUCCUCCCCGAUUGAUGGUUAUGGUAUCUCACCGAAAACCGAAUCUC